UUUCUAAAACGAAGAUAAAGUUUGAAGUCCUGUAUGUCUGAUAAUAUGAAAAGUAUGUGCGUUUACUGAUAAAUUGAUCAAAAUAAGACCGAUCGUACAAUUAGGGUCAUACGUGUUUUCUUUGGAGGCAAUGUAACUGAACUCGGGUAUUGCGAAAGGGAACACAACAGGAAUCGUGUGGAGAACAGCGCAGUAAUCCAGUCGCUGGCCUUCCGAUGACAGCGGGGUAGCAUGAACUGUUUGUUUUCUUCCUUGCCGUCGUAAUAGCAUUCUCAAGCUCAUUGGGAUACUAAAUUAACAUCUGUCAUGCAUCAGGGCAUAUCCGAAGAGGAGUUCACUCAGCUCCAGAAUCAGUUUUUGGCAUUAAAGGCCACAAACUAUGCACUGGAAGAGGACAAAAGAAAGCAAGCAUCAGCGCUGGCCGAGCAUCAGAGUCGGCUGCAGCGGUCCGACCGCGAGGUGGCGCGCCUGCAGCAGGUGGUCGACAAGAGCAAGAAGGCGCGCGAGGUGGAGCUGAUCCUGCAGACCAAUGCCAGCCUGGAGAAGAAGCUGGUCUCGCAGGAGGACGACUUCCGGCUGCAGAAUCAGACGCUGCUGCAGGAGCUGUCCGUGUACGUUUCUGCAAAUGAGAAGCUGGAAAAGGAGCUGCAAGCUCUCCAGGAUGGCAAACCGGAAUUGCUGGAGUCACAGUAUGCUGAGGAGGUGCUACACCUGCGCGCCGAGUCAGAGGCGCUGCGCCAGGAGCUGGCCGCCGUGCGCGACCAGACGGCCACCGAACUUGCCCAGCUUCGGCAUAAGGUGGCCGCCCUCACCGAGGUCAACGCCCAGCUGGAGCGCGCCGCCCGGCCCGACGACGCCGACCCGGUCUUGACGGAGGACUCCGAGUACGUGGAGGUGGGUAGUGCCGAGGUGUGCUACAAGAAGGCCGCCAGCAGCGCACACGAGCUGCUGGAGGUAGCUGAGCAGAGGAUACAGGAGCUGCAGGAGGACAUUCAGCAGUAUGCAGACAUGCGCCUGGCGCUGGACACCACCCGGCGCGAGCUGGACAUGGCGCGCGACGAGGCCCGCCGGCUGCGCGACGGUGGCGCCGCGGCCGGCCGGGAUCCGGAGGCCGAGCAACUGCCGGCCAAGCUGGCCAGAAAGCAGGAGAGUUACCUGCGCCUGCAGGAGGAGAUGGAGGCGCUGCGGCAGAGCAAGCAAGCCGAGAUUGACGACCUGCGGCUGCAGCAGCAGAGGGACGCCGCCGAGGCCAGGGAGAGGACGCAGCGCUACCAGACCCAGCUGAAUAACGGCUACAGCGUACUGAAGGCCGAGCGAGAGAAGUCUGCGGCCACCAUCAAGGACCUGACUGACCGGCUGAGAAAACAUGAACCCGUGGAGCCGGCGGGGGAGCAGCAGCAACAGGAAUCGGAGGCCUCGCUGGCCGAGACGACCGAGCGGCUGCGACACACCGAGGCCGAGGCCGAGGCGCAGCGCGAGGAGGGCGAGGCGCGCAUCGCCGACGCCGAGGCACGCCUGCUCGAGACGGAGACGCGCCUCGCCGAGUCGGAGGCGCGCCUGGUCGCCACCGAGGCGCGCCUGGCUGAGACGGAGACGGACAGGGACGACGCCAGCAAGUUGGCCGCGAAGCGGAAGAGCGUGCUGGACGAGAUGGCGGCGCACAUCAAUCAGCUGACUGAGGAGCACGCCGAGGUGCUGAAGACAGCCGGCGAGGCACGCGACCGGCUCCAGACGCUGCCCCUCCGUCCGCCGCAGGGGGCCGGCCAGUGCCUGGCGCAGACGGAGGCCGACUUGGGCCGCGCCCAGGAGUCGCUGGAGUCGGAGCGCCGGCUCCGGCUGGACCAGGAGCGCCGGCUGGCCGAGCGCGAGCGGGAGCACGCCGCUCGGCUGCAGCGGCAGGAGCAGGAAGCGGCUGAGGAGCGACAGGAACGCACCCGGAUGGAAGAGGCGCACAGCGAGCGCGUCAAGGACCUGACUAUGCAGCUGGAAAUCACGUCCGCCCAGCUGGCCGAGUUCAAGGAGAAGGCCGCCGCCCUGCGUCAGGAGGUGAAGGACAGCGUCGACGAGAAGCGGAUCCACGAGCGCAAGGGCGCGUCCGUCAUCAAGGACCUGCGACGUCAGCUGGCGCAGGAGCGCCGCCGCGCCGACAAGCUGCAGCAGGCCCUGCAGGACGCGCCGCUGGCCGACAAGCCAGCCGAGCUGUCGCCGCCGCCGCCGCCCGAGUCGGACGUUCAGUCCGUGUCCAGCUGGUCGCUGAUGAGCGGCGAGAACGGCGCGCCGUCGGCCAACGGCAGCGGCGACUCGCCCGUCGACACGGAGACGGUCGGCCUGCUGGCGCGCAUCACACGGCUCCAGGAGGAGAAGUGGCGCGUGGAGGAGAAGCUGAACCACCUGGAGCAGAGCAGCGGCGCGCUGGCCGACGACCUGGCCAGCAAGGCGGCGCUCAUCCAGUUCUACUGCAUGGAGGGCCGGCAGGCAGCGGCGGCGCACGCGUCGUCCGAGGGCCUGGCACCGGUGAAGAAGCUGGUGGACUUCGUCAAGCAUCUGUCGCAGGACGAGCAGCAGCGCGAGAUGCAGCGGCGCAUGCAGAACAUGCUUGAGGAGACGCUCACCAAGAACAUGCACCUGCAGCAGAACCUGAAGACCAUGUCGGACGAGUUGGUGGCGGCGCGGCGGAAGGCGGCCGGCUGCUGAAACCGACGGGCUCGGCAGACCCAGCGGAUGGCAGCUGCAGUGUCACCCGCGCCCAGUGACAGGCGCAGCGGCCUUAGGGCCUCUGAAGCGCCGCUGAGGCUGACAGCUGGUGGUGACUGGAGAGUCGCGUCUCAUUAGGAAAGAACGAGAAACGUGCGACGGAACUGUGCUUGCUUGUCAC